CGUGCAGCUUGCCAGCAGUGUGUUCUGAGAAGUCUGUGAGGGUUGGGCUUGUGAGAGGAUCAACAUGCCUUUGGCUAGAGAUUUACUACAUCCGUCCUUGGAAGAGGAAAAGAAAAAAUAUAAAAAGAAACGCCUGGUACAAAGUCCAAAUUCUUACUUUAUGGAUGUAAAAUGCCCAGGUUGCUACAAGAUCACCACGGCUUUCAGCCAUGCUCAGACAGUGGUUCUUUGUGUAGGUUGUUCAACAGUGUUGUGCCAGCCCACAGGAGGAAAGGCCAGACUUACAGAAGGGUGUUCAUUUAGAAGAAAGCAACACUAAUGAUUCAAACAGCUUCCUGAAUUUUGUGUUAUCUCACAGAAAGCCUUAUCAUAAAUUCCAUAAUUCUAAUUAAUCUACCAAGAUAAUGUAAUUACAUUUGGUUUUGUAAGGUAUACAACAGGAAUCUCCUAUUUUGGUGUCCGUUUUUCAAUAAAGUUUUGAUUAUGGA